AUGCCUUAUGCUCCCGGAGUUUCUUACUUCAUACGAUUUUAUGAACUUGAUCCCUCGGAACAGAACCGCUGCAUCUACUUCACGCAGAAAGGUGGAAUGUGCAAAUGGAAUUGUCGCGAUGAAGACAAUCAACGUGCGGUCCUACUUCAACGGGCUAUUAUGAAUUCGUGUCUUGAAACUAUGAAUAUCGAGCUCCUCAGAGAGUACGUCCAGUGCAAUUGCUGUGUACGCGCUCGAUACCAAAAUCGCAUAGAGGAUGUGGAACUUUUGACUCCACUGGCCCAGCGGUGGCUAAAUGAGAUUCGGACACGAGCAGCUCAUUGUCUGGGCAAUGAAAUGUCUAUCUCGAGUUUACAGCAGGGUAAAACUCAUGACUAUGCUUGCAAUAUCCCAAACACCUCAAGUCCCGAUACGAGGGAUGAACUGUUUAGCGCUAACGUCUAUCUCGCGCCCGCUCCCAAAUCGCAACGUCGUCUGGCACCAAUUGAAGCAUCCUCCAUGAUUAAGAGCUCACACCCACACCCCCUUUCGAGUUCCUCAAAUACUUCCGAACUCGCCCUUCACAGCGGUGAAAACCAUCCACGAUACAAACUUCGCAUUCCCCAGACGAACAGACCUGGGGAAACGAACAUCAUACAACCCUCAUACAGUUUUCAGGUCUCCCUAUCUGAGUUUCGCCCUCACAUUGUAGAGCUUUCUCUCAGCGGCUCCGUCUACAAUAAAAUGCUUGACCCCCUUGAGGACCGUGAUUUCGACACUGGCACGGUUUAUACUUUGGACCGGGGCUCCUCCCUAGGCCAUUUAAAGAUCGGCUGGACCGCGAAAGCUGUUUCAGUUCGUUUGAAAGCCUGGUCAAAUUGUGGUUAUGAUCUGAACUUACUAUUUCACAUGGGCGGUGUUCCUUAUGCUCAACGGCUCGAAACCCUUACACAUCACGAACUGAUCAAGGAAUGGCGCCGGGAGCGGAGGUGCAAGGCACCGUGGUGUGGGAAGAGCCAUCAAGUGUGGUUUGAAAUAAAUAAAGAGAAAGCUGAACAGGUUUUGGGCGAUUGGGCAAAUUUCAUCAGCGAAGCCAAGCCAUAUGAGUCAACCGGAUGUUUGAAAACCUAUUGGAAGGAAGCGAUAGCGAAAAUUGAGCGCAAAAUGAAAGGCAUCACCGCUAAAGAACUGUUGAACUGCAACGAGUCGACUUUGAUUGACGAAUUGAGGGUAUCGAAAGAGCCGGUGCGCUUCUCGUGUGAGCCGAAGAUUGUCGAAAUGAGCAGUGAAGAUACGAGGGGGACCCGUUCGAAGAUAUCCAAACAAGGGUUGGUGUGCGUUCGUUUGCCUGAGACGGAGCAUCCCUCAUCUCCAAACCCCAUGUCCUCGCUCAAGAGUGAAUCAUCAUGCAAAGAACAUAAGAGAGAUAGAUUCAUUGAGUCAAAACCACUAAGGAAAGUCAAAUUGUCGCAUGAAGACGUUCCGACACUGGCUAUUGCCACCAUCAAAAAGGAGUUUGCACCUGAAGAUAUACCGCUACCUCCUUCCCCAAUCCCUGAAACCGCAAGCUUACAAGACCCUGCAACGGACACAACAAGCUCUACGCUGGAAACGAAGAAUGAAGUCUAA